UUACAUAUACACACUAAUAUAUCAUCUAUUUUCUUGUGGGAGAAGCAACCUAGAAAUGGAUACCGAAAAAGGCUAUCCCAGAGGUUUCAGAGCUGACACUAUACGAUCAGAAACCGGCCGCGGAAGCUUCCGGUCAGAUAGUAUGCAGUUCGAUGAACCACACGAGCUACCACAAGAGAAUUCGACUAAUCUCGUCCUCUUCAAAAACAUAGACAGUGGUAACUUGGAAGCCACGAAAGAAUUCUUGGACCGAAACCCUGAGGCUUUAACCGCAAGCUUAACCUCUAACGGAGACAGACCAAUCCACAAAGCUGUUUUGUCGGGUCACAUCAAGAUCGUGGAAGAGAUCGUUAAACGAAUUCACAAUCCAGUGCAAGAGUUGGUGAUCAAGAACGAUGACGGGUACACGGCGCUUGCUUAUGCGGCUACUGGUGGGAUCGUUAGAAUCGCAGAGUGUUUGGUAAACAAAUGCCCUUGUUUGGUUAGUGUUCGGAAUGCGAAAGAACAUAUACCGAUCGUGUUGGCGUCGUUGUACGGUCACAAAGAUUUGGUUCGGUAUCUUUACAGUCGCACACUUCUCAGUGAUCUUGAUCCUUGUGAUGAGUCUGAUGAACAUAAGGGCAAGAACGGAGCGAUGCUCGUGACCAAUUGUAUUGUCGAUGGACUAUAUGGUAUUGCUUUGGAUCUGAUUCAGAGGUAUCCUAAGCUGGCUUAUACUAGGGACAGCGAUAACGAUACAGCGAUCAUUGCGCUUGCUCAAACGCCUUGUGCGUUCCCUAGCGGUACCCAUCUUACAUUUUGGCAACGUUGGGUAUAUUCUUGUAUUCACAUAGAGAAGAUUAUUAACCCUCAUGAUGGUCUGAAUCAUCAUCACCAUCAAUACAUGAAAUCACAAGAUCAUAAUUGGAUUCAGAAGUUGUUAAAAUACCUCAGAUUUUUUUUUCCACACAUAAGAAAAGUAUACAAACUAAAGCUAGGGCAUGCUCAAGCCAAAGAGAUACUAAACUGUAUCUGCCAAGAGAUACCUAACUUCGACGCCACUCAACAGAAGAAUGCUGGUCUCAACCAAGCCCUCUUCAAGGCGGUAGAGAAUGGUAUUGUCGAGUAUAUCGAGGAAGUGAUGAAGCAUUAUCCUGAUAUUGUAUGGUUCAAAGAUAAUUACGGUCUUAACCUCUUUUUCUAUGCGGUAAGCCAUAGACAAGAGAAGAUCUUUAGCCUCAUUUACAAAAUGGGUGCCAAGAAAAACAUCCUUGCCACAGCUUGGGACAAACUCCAUAACAAUAUGCUUCAUCACGCCGCUUAUAAAGCCCCAGUUUCACGGCUUAAUCUCAUUCCAGGUGCUGCUCUUCAGAUGCAAAGGGAGCUACAGUGGUUUAAGGAAGUGGAGAGGCUAGUGCAACCGAAGCAUCGAAAAAUGGUUAACUUAAAGCAGAAGAAAACCCCACAGGCUCUCUUUAAAGACCAGCACAAGGAUCUAGUGGACCAAGGAGAGAAAUGGAUGAAAGACACAGCUACUUCUUGUACAGUCGUGGCGGCUCUAAUCACCACAAUGAUGUUCUCCUCGGCGUUUACUGUCCCCAAUAGUUACGACGGCCAUGGCAAACUAUUCAUGACCUUCCUCAUCUCAGACGCUAUAUCUCUCUUCACCUCAUGCAUGUCUCUGCUCAUGUUCCUCGGCAUUCUUAAGUCUCGUUACCGCGAGGAGGACUUCCUUAGAUCGCUUCCGACGAAACUGAUCGUGGGUCUUGCGACUUUGUUUCUGUCGAUGACGACAAUGAUGGUGAGUUUUGUCGUGACGCUUAUGACUCUGGUUAAAGGUAGAACACCCUUGGUUUCUGCUCAGUUUAUGGUGCUCGCGGUUGUCCCGAUUGGGAUGUUCGGUGUUCUUCAGUUUCCUGUGCUACUUGAGAUCUUCUGCUCGACUUACUUCCCUAGGGUUUUUGACAAGCCUCGCGAGUCGCAGCGAAUGUCUAAGCGCUGCUGGAGAAAAUGAUGUUGAUAUGAAUAUUUAUCACUCUAGCCAAUGUUAUGGAACACAGCCGGAGCUAUUCAUUUAUGUGAUCAUCAGAAGUUUGCUCGACCAAGUUUCUAUUCAUUUAAUAGAGUUAUCGAGUUUUUUUGUUUGUUUGUCCGACUAAACAAGUAGUUGAAAUAAUGGAUAAAUAAAAGAUGUAUUUUUUAC